CCGUCAUCAUCUGACGUCACCGAUAAAACGACGAAAGAAUCGUCGUUCGUCGUUGAAUCGUUCUUCCAGUUGAAUCCGAUUCCGGGCGAUAAGAACAGAACAACGACCCAAGACCUAACCCUUUAAUUUAUUUUCUCAUUCUAGAUAACAGGAAAUUGUAAAUCGUAAUCAUAUCGUAAUUCGUAAUUAAUUAAUAAUUAUUGUGGAUUCGUGUUAUUUGUGUAUGUUUAGAUUAUUUUAUUUGAGUGAUGGUUAAAAUAAAAUCUUCACGCUAAGGGAUGUUGUGACGAAGAAAAGAAAUGAAAAAACCCAUUGUGAAAUUGUAACACUUCAGUAUACAUUGAGUGUUGGUUCGAUUUAAAGAUAGAUCAUGUCACCGUCGGUCGUCGAUAACUUGUUCGGAAAUUUGAUCCACGAGCAAUCAAAUGGAAUGUGAAUCAAAAUCUAAAAAGAUGGUCACCACUCUUCAAUCUCGCAAAGAAGCCUUAGAAUGUAAACUACGCGAGAAAACAGCCGAAUUGAAGAAACUAUGUAUCCAGGAAGCCGAACUGACAGGUGUUUUACCACCUGAAACACCCAUCGAACCGGGCGACAGUCCGCCAGUAUUCCGACGCAGAAUUGGUACCUCGUUCGCGUAUCCAGAAAACCUGAUAAACAAAUUGAAGUCCAAAGAAGAAGAAUCGUUGGCUAAAUUAGAACUCGAAUGUAAAAUACAAACCAGUAUAGCCGAAGCAGCGCUUGGCUUAGCUAACGACGGUAAUGCUAGUAAAUCGAUACGAAGAAAGCAUAGAUUAAUGUACCAACAAAGUCAGCGUCGUUUGUCCGAACUCGAAGCUAGACUGAAUGUUCGCAGGCAAAGUGUUAAAAGUACCAAUCAACUGAAACAGAGGAAAAAACCUCGACCUCCUUUGACCGAAUUAGACUGCGUAGAUGGACCGGAAGCAUCAGCAGAGGUUGAUCCUCACUUCAAAGAUUCCUAUAACGAAGAUCCCGCUAGUUUAUCUACAAUCAAUAGAGAAAUACUUCGUAAUAGUCAAUUCUACAAUAGUUUCGGUAAAUCUCACAAUCACCCCGGAUAUGUUCAUCAUCAAAAUCAACAUGUAAGUAAAAAUACCUGGGACCGUAAUUUACAAUAUCGUCGCAGUGUUGAAAGACCUCGUCAUAAUUCCGGUUGUUACGACGCCGAAAAUACGAACUGGUUGGAAGAUAGUAAUAUGUGGCGUAAUACAGCCCCCAUCGGGUAUUUUUCCAACCAAUGCUAUACCACUUUACCAAAUGAAAGUCCCACCAGAAUGAAAUCUCGAUAUGGAAGUUUGGACAGAAGAUACAAAAAUUCUGAUUUCACCGAAGAAUAUCCUAGAUACCCGGGUUCAUCUCACGUUACUCCAUCACCUCCGGCGUGUACUCCUGUUCAACACACCGAACCGAAUCUUAGACCUCCUAGUUUUAUUCCAUCACCCGAUUCUUCACUAGCUAACGUUGUACUACUGCCAAACCAAACGUACCCAGAAAACAGUCUCAUGCGAACGCAAUCCUUAGGCAACGUCGAACACUCUCGUAAAAGCUUAGAUACUCAUUCGUUGCAAGAGAAAGUGCAAGAAAAUUUCCAAUCCAAUACAUUGGACAGGAAACCCAAGGAAAAAGAAUGGCGAGAAACGUCGCUAGAUUCAGACUGCUAUGAAAGACGUAGUUGUACUCCACCGCUACAUCCGAGAGCAUCCAAAAUACCCGAGUCACCUGUACCCCAAAGACCGUAUUCUCGCAGAAGUACACGAACACCUCCACCUCCUCCUUUACCCCCUCCUCCCCAUUGUUCAGCACCUUCAACACCGCCUCCCAUUCCAGCACAGAGCAAGUCUCCUGUCAAGUCUCCUACGUUGAUUGAGUCAACUGUACCGUUUGAAUCGCCAAAGAAUCACACUGUCGUCGAAGUUGGUAAAUGGCAGCCUUAUCGCGAAGUUACCAAGCCUUUCGAGAUGAGUGAUUUCUACAAAUACAGUACCAAGUUUAGAAAAAGCCCAGCUCCCGAGCAAAAGCCACCGAGCGAACAUCACACGUUGCCUCAGAAUCGAAAUAUACCUUAUAGGCAACUAUUCCCGGACAAUACUCAUGGAAUACAUAGAAGUCACGAAGAUAUAAAUAAGAAUACUUUAAACAAAGAGAAUCAAUUUUUCGAUACUAAACCACUCAAUAAUAUUACUUACAGAAAACACCGUCCAUUGACCAUGAUGGUUAGUGAUAACAACGGUUAUUGUGCUACUAUUGAGUCGUGGCAUAAUGAAGAUUCCUAAAUGCUAAUCCAUGGCAAUAAAUUUUUAAUGUGACUGACUCUGAGCAUUGUCAGUGAUCUAAUUUUAACAAUAAUUUGGGACCAGCAAUGUGUUCUUUACUUUGUAACGAAUUGCCUUGUAUUUAUGAUUGUGAAACGAGUUUUUAAAAAUAAUUUUAUCAUUGUUAUAUUUCGAAAGUAACUUUCGUCUUGGUUAAAAAUUUUCUAUGUUUUUUUGUACGUGUAUUUUUAAAUUUCGUAUUUUUUUACUUUUUAAAUUGGUUAUUCUUAGAAA